AUGGGGUGCGGUCUGCUGCUCAAUGUGGGCCACCAGAUGCUGCGCCGCAAGGUGGUGGACUGCAGCUGCGAGGAGAGCCGGCUGUCCCGCUGCCUCAACACCUUCGACCUGGUGGCCCUGGGCGUGGGCAGCACAUUGGGUGCCGGUGUCUACGUCCUGGCUGGGGCUGUGGCCCGUGAGGACGCCGGCCCCGCCAUUGUCCUGUGUUUCCUCAUCGCCGCGCUGGCCUCCGUGCUGGCUGGCCUGUGCUACGGCGAGUUCGGAGCCCGGGUCCCCAAGACGGGCUCGGCCUACCUCUACAGCUAUGUGACUGUGGGCGAGCUGUGGGCCUUCAUCACAGGCUGGAACCUCAUCCUGUCCUACGUCAUCGGUACUUCAAGUGUGGCCAGAGCCUGGAGUGCAACGUUUGAUGAGCUCAUUGGCCGGCCCAUUGGGGAGUUCUCAAGGACUCACAUGAGCCUAAAUGUUCCUGGGGUGCUGGCUGAAACCCCCGAUAUAUUUGCUGCCAUCAUCAUCCUCAUUUUGACAGGGCUUUUAACUUUUGGUGUCAAGGAGUCAGCCAUGGUCAACAAGAUAUUCACCUGCAUCAACGUCCUUGUCCUGGGCUUCAUCGUGGUGUCUGGGUUCGUGAAGGGCUCUCUCAAAAACUGGCAGCUGUCGGCAGCAGACUUCCAGAAUUCAUCCGGUCACCUCUGUUUGAACAAUGCCACAAAAGAAGGGGAUCCUGGAAAUUGGGGUUUCAUGCCCUUUGGGGUCUCUGGUGUGCUGUCCGGGGCGGCCACUUGCUUCUACGCCUUUGUGGGUUUUGACUGCAUCGCCACAACAGGUGAGGAAGUCAAGAACCCUCAGAAGGCCAUCCCAGUGGGCAUCGUGGCCUCACUCCUCAUCUGCUUCAUCGCCUACUUUGGGGUGUCGGCCGCCCUCACCCUCAUGAUACCUUACUUCUGCCUGGAUGCUGACAGCCCCCUGCCCGAUGCCUUCAAGAAUGUGGGCUGGGAGGGCGCCAAAUAUGCAGUGGCUGUUGGCUCCCUGUGCGCCCUGUCCACCAGUCUCCUAGGUUCCAUGUUCCCCAUGCCCCGAGUGAUCUAUGCCAUGGCCGAAGAUGGACUGCUGUUUAAAUUUUUGGCCAAAAUCAAUGACAGGACCAAAACGCCAAUAAUUGCCACUGUGACCUCAGGAAUCAUUGCCGCUGUGAUGGCCUUCCUCUUUGACCUGAAGGACCUGGUGGACCUCAUGUCUAUCGGUACUCUCCUGGCUUACUCCCUGGUGGCUGCCUGUGUGUUGGUCUUACGCUACCAGCCGGACCAGCCCAGCAUGGUCUAUCAGAUGGCCAACACCACCGAUGAGCUAGACCAUGUGGACCGGAACGAACUGGUGAGCAACAGUGACUCCCAGACCGGCUUCCUGCCAGAAUCCAAGUUUUCUUUGAAAUCUUUAUUGUCGCCAACAAACCCAGAUCCUUCCAGAAUCUCAGGGCUGGUGGUGAACAUCUCAGCGAGCCUCAUAGCUAUUCUCAUCAUCACCUUCUGCAUCGUGGCUGUCCUGGGGAAGGACGCUCUGGCCUCCGGCGGGCUCUGGGCCAUCUUCCUGCUCACGGGCUCAGCUCUCCUCUGCGGUGUGGUCACUGUGAUCAUCUGGCGGCAGCCUGAGAGCAAGACCAAACUGUCGUUCAAGGUGCCCUUCCUGCCGGUCCUCCCGGUGCUGAGCAUCUUCGUCAACGUCUAUCUCAUGAUGCAGCUGGACCAGGGCACGUGGGUGCGCUUCGCCGUGUGGAUGCUGGUCGGCUUUGCCAUCUACUUCGGCUACGGGCUCUGGCACAGUGAGGAGGCAGCUCUGGCCGCGGGCCAGGCUCGGACUCCCGACGACAAUCUGGACCAGUGCAAAUGA